AGGGGAAGAGAUGCAGGCACCGGAUGUGUCAUCAGAUCGUCGAAGAUCUGCUUCCUCGUCCUCAGAAAGAACAAGAAGAAGGAAUAGUGACGCGGAGAAAAGGACGAUUAGGGUUCCAGCACCAAGAAUGGGCAACACCGAGAUCCCGCCAGAGGAUGGCUACACUUGGCGAAAGUAUGGUCAAAAGGAGAUUCUUGGGUCAAAAUUCCCGAGGGGCUACUAUAGGUGUACCCAUCAAAAGCUGUACCACUGCCCUGCCAAGAAGCAAGUGCAGCGGCUCGACAACGACCCGUUCACGUUCGAGGUCAUGUACCGCGGUGACCACACAUGCCAUAUGUCCUCAACCGCACCAUCGAUUCCACCCCCGCCGCCAGCUUCGCUAGAUAUGGCCCCCAUCGCUGCCACACAGCCAAUUUCGGCAUCUGUAUCAGCCCCGCUACCCAGAUGGCUACCGGUGGACUUCGGCAUGGGCGGUGCGAGCGGGAGCAGAAACAUGGCGGUCGGAGGUAGUGGCCGCGGCAGCGAGGCGGGCCCUUCCACUAGCGGAAGUAGACGUGGUAAAGAGGCUGAGUAUCCACUGGUGGCAGAUUUGGCGGAUGCAAUGUUUAAUUCCGGCAGCAGCAGCACCAAUAGCAUGGACUUCAUCUUCCCAUCUUCCACGGAAGAUAAAAGGGAGGAAGACGAUAAAAAAGAUUGAUGACUGAUGAGCACCGAGAGGACAAGAGAAGUAGCUGUUUCGAUAAUAUUUUUCUGGGGAAAGUUUUGAAUAAUUGCUUUAAAUUGAUGAAUUGGUGAAUUGAUGAUUAGCAUUUUCCUAGCAAUUACCAUGUUGUAAUUAUUAUUCCAGGUACAUUCUUUAGAACCCAAUGUAACAGAACAUUGGUCGCUCGACUGUACCCGAAGGUGAUCGCAUUAUGCAUUUUGAUUUGUCGCCCAUGUACUGGUUUUUGACUGUCAGAGGUACCAGGCUAAAUGUUUUUGUACCUGUGUA